AGAGAACCUUGCCACCUAACAGUUAUUUACCAGAUGCUCUGCGUGUGGCAUCAUUUAGAAAAUAACUGAUUGAAUUUGACAUAAGCAAACAUAAAUCACAAUGCAUUUACUAAUUUCCUUUUUCUUCGCCAUCAUUGUGAAGAUUCAAGGGGCAGCUGCCUAUCUGCUUGACAAAGAUUGGUGCUACCAGUCCCAGGUUACAUGUGGUGGCCACUGCACAGGACCUGAUGGUUGGACAACGGUUGCUGGGGCAUGUGGCGGAAAAGCCCAAUCCCCCAUUAACAUUGUGACAAGAAGAACUCUACCAGAUGGACGCCUUACACCAUUCACAUUCGCUGGGUACCAAGAGGCCUUCCACAGUCUCAUCACAAACAAUGGUCGCACUGUUCAUGUGGACCUGCCUGCCACAGCAAAAGUACAGGGUGGAGAUCUGGCUGUGCCAUACAAGGCAAUACAGCUCCACCUGCACUUGGGCAAGGAUGGAGGCCCUGGAUCCGAACACACCAUCGAUGGAGAACGAUAUCCCAUGGAGCUGCAUAUAGUAAAUAUAAAAGAGGAGUACAACUCUUUGGAUGAAGCUCUGAAAGACCUUACAGGGGUUGGAGUUCUAGGAUUCUUUUACGAGCAAUCAGGAAGCUCCAACAAAAAAUACGAUUCCAUCAUAAAUGCUCUGAACUCAAUCAAUAUGCCCAGCUCCAACACUACCCUGAGUGAUGUGUCCCUGGACAUGUUCAUCCCCUCUCAGAGUAAUAUGACCAGCUACUUCCGCUACCAGGGCUCUCUCACCACACCUCCCUGUGAAGAAGCUGUAGUUUGGACCGUGUUCAAAAAUACCAUUCCUCUCAGCAGGCAACAGCUUGAUGCAUUUUCUCGGCUUCAGUUUGCUGAUGGGAAGCCUAUGGUGGGAACCUAUCGCCCAGUCCAGCCGUUGAAUGGUCGCCUGGUGUAUCGCUCUGGAAGUCAAGUUAUCUUAGUCAGCACUUGGCUACUCAUCACCUCUGUGAUAUCAGCCAUUGGACUCCCACUGCCCAAAUAAAUACUAGCAUCUUUGGAUAUGUGUAUCAGUGAAUUAGAGAGAGCCCAAUAUUAUCGUAAUCUCAAAUGCAACACUCUAAAAAAUGCUGGGUUAAAAACAAUCCAAAUCGGGUUCUUUGGUUACCCAGCACUGGGUAAAUAUUGGACAGAAGACACGCUGAUUUAUUUUGACCCAGCCAGUGGGGUUGCAUGAAUAACCCAACAUGUUGGGGGGUUGGAAUUACCCAGACAUGGUUUUAUUUAACCUUCAGUUUGGUAUUUUUUACUUUCAUGCUGGGUCUUUUUGAAUGUAAUCCUUAGGUUAUUUUCAGGAGACGUGGCUUAUUAGGGAAUGGCUUUCAGAUAGAUCUUAUUGGACACCCGUGAGAGUAAAUGUCAUUCCUGUUCAUCAUGUUAAGUUUACAUACUGCACAUUUCAUCUUAAUUUUUUGUAUGUUACACAUUCUUCUAGAAUAUUAAUUCAUUAUUUAUUAGAUAUUAUAAUAAGGUGGUAUCCAUCCCAACAAUGGGAUUUGCAGAGGCUUUUAAGGAACUCAUACACUUAUGUAAGCCUCAAUGAAGUCAGUGUUCAACCUUAACAUGUGAUAACUAUACAACAGAACAGAUUAACGGGAAUGAUAUUUACUCUCACGGGUGUCUAAAAUGAACUAUCUGAAAGCCACUCUCUUACUAAACUAUGCCUUCAGUCUCAAUUACCCAGAACAAAUAACCCAGCAUCAACAACCCAAACAACCCAGAAUAUGUUUGUGUAUGACGGCAAUGCAGUUGUUUUCAAUAAAGUUCACUUUACUUGCCAAAUUA